AUGCUGUUUUGGCACAGCCAGCCGGAGCACCUGUGGCCCAGCCCCGGGGAACUGUACCCCGGGCCACCAAACAGCUUGCUCAGGGAGGCCUUGCCCUUGCCCUACCUGAAGCAGGAAGAGCCGCCCAACAUCCCCCGUGCAGAACCCCCCUGCCCCGCCUUCCAGUACGUGCUCUGCGCUGCUAUCUCGCCAGCUGUGAAGCGGCAGGAGGAGACCCUCACCUACCUGAACCAGGGCCAGUCCUAUGAGGUGAGGAUGCUCUGCAACCCCAAACUGGGCGAUGCCACCCAGGGGCCCCGGCUGCUGAAGAGUGUGGUGCGUGUGGUUUUCCACGACCGGCGCCUGCAGUACACGGAGCAGCAGCAGCUGGAUGGGUGGAGGUGGAGCCGGCCUGGGGACCGCAUCCUGGACAUAGAUGUGCCACUGUCCGUGGGGGUGAUAGAACCCCAAGUGCUACCCUCACAACUCAACACGGUGGAGUUUUAUUGGGACCCGGCCAAGAGGACCUCCCUCUUUCUGCAGGUUCACUGCAUCAGCACUGAGUUCACUCCUAGGAAAAAAGGUGGAGAGAAAGGUGUUCCCUUCCGCCUUCAGAUCGACACUUUCAAGCCCAGUGACAAGGAGCUUUCGCCGGAGCACCUGCAUUCAGCUGGCUGCCUCAUCAAGGUGUUUAAGCCCAAAGGAGCUGACCGGAAACUGAAAACUGACCGGGAGAAGAUUGAGAAACAGCCCGUGCAUGAGAGAGACAAGUAUCAGACCGCCUGUGAGAGCACAGUCUUCAUGGAGUGUUCACCGUGGCCAGAGCCCAGUUCGGGACCCCACCUGCCUCUGAGCCCUCUUGCUCUGACCUCCCCCAACUCCUGCAAGCUCCUGUCCCCAGAGAGGCUCUGCUCCUCACCACCAUUCGCCUUGGACACCUUGGGGGGCAGCCCAGCUCAAGAUCUGAACCCUGGAGCCUCCAUCCUAGAGACACAGCAGUGGUUGCAUCGGCACCGGUUCUCCAACUACUGUCGGUCGUUGGCUAAUUUCACUGGCUCUGAUCUGCUGAAGCUUACCCGCCAGGACCUUAUCCAGAUCUGUGGAGCUGCCGACGGGAUCCGCCUUUUCAAUACUCUAAGAGCCAGGCCCAUCCGUCACCGGCUGACCUUAUAUGUCGCUCGGGAGGCCUCUAGGCAAGAGAACGAGGUUCCUAAGAACCCUGACUCAGGCUUUUAUCAAGAGAUCUCUCUGGAUGAACUCAGUGCUGUAGAGCUCAUGGGGAAACUGGCUGAACUGCUGGCCCUGCCAGCCAAUCAGAUCCAUCGGCUCUUCCACCAGGGCCCUGGGGGCAUCCUCAUUCUCCUCAGUGACCAGGUGGUUCAGAAUCUUGAGGAUGAGUCGUACUUUGUGGCUGUGGUGAAGAAAGGUAGGGCUUUUAGAGGGAGAGGCAUGUGUCUCACAGGCCCUAGAAAGGUGCAGAAUCCAGAUGGCUACUACCUGGUUCUGACCUAG